AUGGGUGUUUGGGGUGGUGGGGGGGGUUGUUUUUGGUUGGUUGGUUGUUUGUUGGGGGGUGGGGUUUGGGGGUGGGGGUGGUGGUUGGAGAGGGAUGGGUGGGGUGUGUUGGAGAGGGUGUUGGUGGAGGGUGUUUGGUGUGUGGGUUGGGUGGGUGUGGUAAAGUUGGUGGAAGUAAGGAUGGGUGAUUGUUUGGUUGGGUGGGUGGGGGUUUUGAUUGGGGUGGUGGUUAUGGGGUUUGAGGGGGUGUUGGUGUGGAGAGAUGGGAAGGGAUUUGAUGGCAUUUGUCGGUGGGGGGGUGGUGAGUGGGGGGGUUGGUGUAGUGAGGGGGUGGUGGGGUUUUGUGGUGGGGGGGGUUUGUUUGGUGGGUUGAGUUGA